UGUCAAUUUCUUGUCACGACUAUUGUCAAAAAUACGCAGAAAAUGCCAGAUAGUAUGUCGGACGUUAACUCGCAGGAAAAAUGUCCGCCACAAAAUCGGAGCAGUGUUUCCUGACAAGAAAUUUUAAAUUGACAUUAGACAUAUCGAAAUUUUUAUACAAACGAAGCAUUAAAGUAGCGUAGUCCCUUAAUUUGAUUAAGUUACUUUCGCGAACAUACUAAAAAUAAAAUGGGAAGUUCGUCUUCUAAGUUUAAAAAGUACAUCCAAAAUGGUGACGAAUAUGCGGCAAUGCAGAUGUCCAAAAACAUACCAGAACUGUACAGAACCAUCGACCCUAACAUCAGUUACGGCGAAAAUCAUAAUCACAACACACUUGUCCAUUAUGCCGCCAAACAUGGUAUGAAGCAUCUAUUACGAACGUUCCUAACGGACAUGAACGGCAAUCCGAAUAAGAAGAAUGCCCUGAACGAGACUGCAUUGCAUUGUGCCUGUCAAUUGAACCAGAUGAGUUUCAGUGCACACGAGCGUCGAGCCGCCUGCGUUCAGUUCCUUCUGUAUUGGAGAGGGGUGGCUCUGAACAACGGCGAACGAGAACGGGUUGAUAUCGGUGCUCAGGACAAGGAGGGAAACACUGCAUUACAUUGGGCCGCUUCGACUGGCUUAAAACGCUGUGUUGAAUUGCUGUUAGCACAUGGUGCCCCCUUAUUCGUUGAAAACAACGACAAAUUAACACCCUGUGAUUUGGCAAUGCGAGGAUCCCAUCACGAUAUUGCUGAGUUGCUGGAAAGUCGAAUGGUUUUUGCUGAUAAUCCUGAUAUUGUAAACGAGGAUGAAAUAAUAUCCGAACAGGAAGAAGUCUACAGUGGUUUACGAAGCCAAGAUCUUCAGGAAGCCAAAGAUCAACUGCUUGUCGAUACUUCCGACAUGCUUAAAAUUCCGUUGUUCACAGCAGAAGCUUUGCUAAGAGACAAUGAAUGGUCAAGGGAGUUGCUGUUGGAAAAAUGGAUGAAAGAUCCAGUAGAAUGUUGCCAAAUAGCAGGCGUUCAAGCACCCUCAUCGGUCCUGCAACAUGCAGGGUCUUUAGAUUCUAGCAUAUCUAAUGAGACAAAUGAAGAUGAAUUUAUGUGCGAAAUUUGUUUAAAUACCAUAUCGGAGUGGGAGAAACCUGCAAAAAUAUCUUGUAAACACAGUUUCUGUAAAGUUUGCUGGCAAAGUUAUCUUACCACUAAAAUACAGGAUGGAGACGCACAUCACAUUCUUUGCCCAGCUUACCAGUGCCACAUUUUAGUGCCCGUGGAAUUCAUUGAAAAACUGGUCAGUCCAGACAUAGCCAGGAGGUACCUCCAAUUUGACAUCAAAGCAUUUGUUGAAAGUAAUAAAAGCAUCAAAUGGUGUCCAGUUGCUGGCUGUGGCAGAGCAGUUCGACUUCCAGAAGCAGAACAGCAGCCCGGAUCUCGUGGAAAAACAAUUCCAACAACCUCACACGCAGUAGACUGCGGCAAUGCCCACUUUUUCUGCUGGGAAUGUCUUGGUGAAGCACAUGCACCAUGCGGUUGCAAACAGUGGCAAGAAUGGCAACUUAAAAUUAAGGAAAUCAAGCCAGAAGAACUAAAAGCGUCAUGCAGUGGAAGUGAAGACGCUGCUAACUAUCUAUGGCUUGUCACUAAUUCUAAACCCUGUCCGAAUUGUAAAAGUCCAAUUCAGAAAAACGAAGGUUGCAAUCACAUGAAAUGUUCAAAGUGUAAAUUUGAUUUCUGCUGGGUGUGCCAAGAAUCUUGGAAACGCCACAGUUCCGCGACUGGUGGAUAUUUUCGUUGUAACAGAUUCGAGGCGGUACACAAAGCUGAUGAAAAACAGGGGAAUUUAAUUACCGAAGCUAUGGACAGAAAUAAUCAAAUGCAAGAAAUGUCAAGAUUUCUGCACUUUUACACUAGAUUUAAGAAUCAUGAAAAUAGUCAAAAGCUGGAAGAACCUUUAUUGACCAGCGUUAGGCAGAAAAUGGAGGUGUUGGCCAGCAGUUUAGGAAUUAAAAAGAGUAAAGAUGAUACCGGUGACAAAGGUACUAGAUUUGUUGAAGAUGGCGUCAGGGAAUUACUAAAAGCAAGAAGAGUUUUAUGUGGGUCUUAUGUCUAUGGUUUCUAUUUGGAAGAUGAUGGGUCCAAUAAAACAAUAUUCGAAUUCAUGCAGAAUGAACUGGAAGAGGUGACAGAGAAAUUAAGCGAAAUGAUUGCCAGACCAUACUUAAGAACCCCAAAAACUGUAAUAGUCCAAACGUCAGCUUUAACUAGGAGAAAACGGCACGAGUUUGUCAGAGCAGUGUCACAAGGUCUUAUACCACCGGAAACACCACCAGCUUUUCGAAAAAGAAAGCGAAAAUACUUUGAUAGUGACCUUUCACAAACUAGUGCAUGGAUGAAAGACUGUGAGUGGCCAGAAUAUGAUUCCGAAGAAGAGACUGAAAUAGCAUAUAAAUCGAUUUUUUCUGGUGAUUCGCCAAUAAAAGAGCAUAAAUGUGGAUUGUUAUGUGGAAGCCAUGGCUGUGGACGAGAUGAUUAUAAUUUAGAUUUGGCCAUUGCCCUGGAAAUGUCAAGAUUACAGAUGAUUGAAGAUCAAUUAAAACAAUCAGCCAAUAGUGCCAUAACUACAGAUCCCGGUUCUAGUAUCCACAGUGCUAACGACAGCGUUGAUGACCAACUGAAAUUGGCCAUACAGUUAAGUUUGCAAGAAGAAACUGCCGCCAUAAAUAAAAAAAUGCAAACUUACGAUGAUUAUAUUAUGAAAUAUAAAAAGAGCAAUGCUGAUAUAACAGUUGAUUGUUUUUUAAAGUCUUUAGCCAAUCACAAGAUUGAUUUGAAAAGUUUAGAGUUUAAUUCAGACACAGAGAGGGAUAUGAUAUUUAGACCUUGUAAUGUUAAGGAAGAUGGACGGUUUCAAAUAUCUGAUAUACACGAAAAAGGUUUUGCAUUUGAAGACAUGGAUGAUUACGAAGACACUGAUAUCAGACUGAAAAGAUCUCACUCAACAGGUGAUUUACGAGUAAGAAGAAACGGGCGUGGUACGAGGGUAAGAAUGAACGGUGACGAGCCAAGGUACCAUUUGGAUUCUGAUCACAGUAGUCAACAUGAGGAAAAGCCUGAAGAUGUUGUUAGAAGGUUACUGUCUUUGCCCUCGGCAUCUGUUAAGACAAAACAGUUCUUUUUAUUACAUACAACAUAUCCUGAAGAGGAAUCUUAUCAAGGGCAAAGUUCUGUCGAAGAUACCACCACAUCAGAUUCCAUUAACGCAGAUAUGGAAGUCUGCGGAAUCUUGAAUUCAGUAACGGACGAAGACUUGGGUAGCAAGGCUUUCGUCGAUGACAAGGAGGAAGACAGGGAAAAAGAAACAAAAAAGACUGAAACUGUAGCCAAAUUAAGUGAUUGUAAAAAGCAAACCCACAACCCAUUCGCUUCCCUUAAGGCUAAAUUGUGUUCGGCCCAUUUGCCAAAGUCAGGAUAUUUAUCCCGUUUAGCGGUUAACAAAAGCAUAGGACUAUUAGGUGAUAGUAAGUCAAAGCAUAGCAUGGAUGAUCCUCCGGAGAGUUCCUCCAAGAAAUAUAUUGUGACUGAAUGUAAAUCCGAGAAGCACAGUCCCAAAAAGGCGCAGAAAUACGGAAGACGGGGUUGUUUCUCCAAGUCUACAGGGUUUUUGCUGGAGGAAGAGACAAAAAUGGGCAGAGGGAACUCUUCCAAUUUAAGGAUCAAGAUUUGUGCUAGUCCUGAAAGCAAAUGUAAAUCUCACACUUUGGAGACUGAUAGUUCAAAUGAAUACGAAUCGGAGACCGGUAUACCAAAAUCUCCAACUCUGUUUAUUUCAGGUGUGUCCAUAUCGCGCACCCCCGAACCAAAAUCGCCCGGCAUGAGCCUGAUCUCAUCUUCGGGUGUGAACAGCGGUCGACAAUCCCGCUCGUCUAGUUUAAGUGUACCCGCGCCCCUCACCUCCUGCGCCCUAAGUAUCUCAACCACCAGCUUAAACAAUUCGAACGCGCAUGGCGAACCUUUUACCCCAUCCCUCGUCCGAUCCACAACCCCCGCAGUGUCGAGGUCGAACGUGCAAACGCCCAACAGCAGUCCGAGGAAGGAAACGAAGUCGAAGAGCGCCAGCGAACCCGAACGGGAAAGGGAGAUGUUCAGGUUUCCGAAAUCAUCCACAGAUGGUGCUCUGAGCUCGGUGCUGCACGUGCAGGAGUCCAAUCUGAGUUCGGACGACUUCCACGAGGCGCUGUUUCUGCUGGAACGGUCUCCAAAGACUAGGGACUCGAAGAGGCGGAAAAAGUCCAAGAAGAAGGAGAAGGACGACAAGAAGGAAGACGUCAGUUCGGUACUGUAGAUGCUGUCGAAACGGUUGAUGAUCUGAUUUUUAGUUACACUGAAACGGAAAUCCACGUUUUAGAUUAAGCGAGAUUGCUGUGGUGAGGUGACAUUUGAUGUGAAUUCGGACAUGUAAAUAAAUUCACGGUAUUGGACUAAACGAUAUAAAAAUGUUUUGUGCUAAUCACGACACUAACAACUUGUUAUAAAUCAUGGGUAUUUAAAUUCAGCUAAAUUCAAAUGUGUACUUUUGUGGAUUCAUGUUAACAAACAACUACAUACUAACAAAUCAAAAAGGAUUCGAAUAGCAUAUCUAUGGUACAUAUAUAAGCUAAUCCAAAAACAGUUAUUUAUUUAACUGUAGAUUCAUUUUCUGCAUUUCAUUAUCAAUUAACUAUGUAUAAGACAGUAACUUGAAAAAUUUAAUUAAUCUAAUUACAGUUAUUCAUUAGAUUUUCUCAAACUCAAUUUAAGAACAAAUAUUUAGUGUCUCGAUUAGAGUAAUAAGACUGUUUUAUUUGUUAUAUUGUUGUGCAAACGUAUAUCAACGGAAUUAUACGUUUUGUGAUAAAAAAAUUAUAGGUAUAAGAUUUUUGAACUUUUAACGGUGACCAAUGACAAGAUGUAAACAAACAAAAAAAAUAAUUAGGAAAAGUUGAAAUAUUACGAAUCAAUUUACUAGGAAAUUCUGUUAACACGUAACACUGUUUCUUUGCUUACUCCAUUCUUAGCUCGUUGGUUUUCUCUCUUACUGUAGGCACUUUGAUUCGUAAUGCUUUAAGUGUUCAAACAAAAUUGAGUUAUUUUAAUAUACAUUAAUAUUUGUAUUUCAUGUAUUAUUAUGUAGGAUUUUUAAGGGUGACUUUUGAUAUGAACUCCUUUAUAUUUUACGUUAAGUUUUUAAUGUUAUUAAAGUGUAAUAUAAAUGUAUACUACGGAAUAUUAAAAGUCUACCGUAAAAAUAAAUUUUUGUAUAUUUCCAUAUUUUUUAAUUGUGUAAAUUAUUCAUAUCACUAGGAUCUAUUUUUGUUAUGCAUUUCCCCGUUAUUGUCAUUUGGUGACAUGUACAAUAUCUUUUGUAGAACUUUUUUAUAACUUUUUAUAAAGAUGGCUCCUUAUAUAUAUAUAAAUUAAUUUUCGGGCCUAAUUUUAAUUUAUGACUGAUAUAUUGAUAGUAUUAUACAAUAGUGAUAUUUUAAUUAAAAAUAACUUGUAAACGUCCAGUAAUUAACAAAAAGUAAAAAUUGACGCACAGUUUCAAUAUUGCAAAUUAUUUUAAUUUGCAUAGUUUUAUUCAAAAUUAAUUAUACUAUCCGUAUAUAUUUAGAGAGACAUUUUUUUAAUUCAACUGAACUUUACGAUUUGCAUUUUUUUAAUGGAUUUUAAGGGAAAUGGAAUAUUAUAAUAUAGGAUUGGUAAUCUAAAAUUAUACGGAUGAUAACCAGGUUUUGGUAGGUUAAUAUACAUAAAUUAGAUUUUUUAGUAAAUCCUACUGCACACAUUGUUUCUAUUAUAUUAAUUUGUGCAUAUGUAUUAUGCAUAUUUUAGACUGAUAAUUUAGCCUCCAGUAUUUGUAUAAUUACUUACUAAUCCGUUACGAAUUAAUAAACAAUUAUUUAUAUUAGUAGAUAUUUUUAUAUGUUUUUUUUAUAUUAUUACCAACCUAUGUAUGCCCUUAUACUGUGUACGCACACGAAAAACUUAAUUUAUCCUAAAUAUGAUGGAAAACUGGAAAAUAUUUAUUAUAAACGGGCUACAUUAAUCUCACUCCUAACAACAUUUUUUUGUUUUUUUCACUAAGGAAGCUUCAGUUUUCAGUCACACACCAGUGACAAUUAAUGGGAAAGCAUUUUUCUACUGCCUGAAUUCUCUCUAUAAUCAGUUGAUAAUAAAUAUUUUCCAACAAUAUAAAAAGUAGAUAAACAUAUACCAUUGUUAAAUGUUCUCUAUAAGUAGAUAUCUAGAGAAAAUGUAACUGAUUGUGAUUUUUUUAGGAAAUAAAGGAAAAAACAAGG